CUGAUUAAUUCCCUUUUACAGGUCCGAUCAAAAACGGCAGCUGCAACUUCGGCACGAGGCCGUCGUACGGUAGUUACAGCGGCUUUGAUUUUCGGUACAUUCCUGGUUGGAUGGACUCCGGCCAGCAUUCUGUACCUGCUCACCGCUGAUGGCAUGCCACUAUUUCGUAAAUCAGGACUAUUGAUCAGUGUCCUAUCGAUCGUUGUUCUAAUCAAUAUUAUGAUCAAAUCACUUACCAACCCAAUCAUUUAUGCAACUAGGAUACCCGAAAUUCGACACUUUGUUCUUCAUCGUCUUUUGUGGCGUAUCGUUCCACUACGCGAAGAUACAAGCGCUCGUGAAGAUGUGUCCAGGAAAACGGAAACGAAGCUAUUGCGCAGUUCUGAACAACCACACCUUGUGUAG